UUCUCUCUAACUCGUUAAAAUGUACUUAUUAGAUUAGCCUUUCUUUUUGCUCUUUCUCGAUUUCACAAUGAUGAUUAACGCCAAAGAUAUUCGUGUAAUCAUCGGAGUUAUUGGGAAUGUUUUAUCCACUGUGGUCUCCCUCUCAUAUGUGCCAAGGUUUAUACAAAUAUACAAGAAGAAAUCAGUGGAGGGAUAUAAAGUUAAUCGUCAGUUGCUGAUGCUGGCUAAAUGUAGUUUGUGGGUUUUGUAUGGUAUCCCUUUUGUUCACAAUGACAGUAAUAGUAUUCUCGUCUCCACUAGUAAUGGCGUCGGUUUCGUUAUCGAAGUUAUCUAUGUCGUUGUCUUUUGGAUCAAUUGUAACGACGAAUCACGUAAGGGUCACGAUUUGAUAUCUCUUAUUUUUGUUAUUACAUUCGUGUCAACUGUGUAUUCGAUUACUAUUUUGGCAUUUUGGAGUUCACCUUACAAGCAUAUACUCGUGGGUGUUGUUUGCGACGCUUUCAACAUUUGGCUCUAUCUUCACUUGUCCCUGAACAAAAUGGAGAAGAAUAAGAACUUUACGUACAUGCCAUUUUGGCUGUCGUUAGUUAGUUUCAUUAACGCUGGAAUUUGGAGUGCUUAUGCUUUGAUCUACAAAAUUGAUAUCUACGUCCUUUCUGAGGCAUUCCACAAGCCAUGUUCAUGA